AUGUCGUCUCCUGGACUAUGGCAGGCACCAAAUGGACACGGUAAUCCUGAUCAGAGACAGCUGCCCCCGGGUUUUGUAACCCAAUUCGAUACGACCUAUAACACCUGGUUCUAUAUUAAUACUCUUGCAAGUCCACCUCGAUCGCAAUGGCUCCAUCCGGCAGAUCACCAUGACCAGAACAAUCCCCCGCUUGGAGGUGUAAACUGGAACGCACUUGGACCUGCAGGAGCGACACCCGGAGGUGGGGGUUACAGUCCUGGGCCUGGGCCGGCUUACGGUCAGGGGGGAUACGAUCCCAAUAUGCAACAAGGAUACCCGCCACCACAAACCCAACACAAGAGCUCAAGUAAUACUGGCGCAAUAGUUGCCGCUGGUGCUGCUGGUGUUGUCGGUGGUGCGUUAAUAGCGAACGCACUUUCAGAUGAUGAUUAUCAGGAUGGAUAUGAGGCUGGCCUUGAAGCUGCAGAAGAGAACUAG